AUGGCUAGAAAGAAAACAUCCAAGAUUGCCGCUGUCGGCGGAUUUCAAAACUAUGAUAUUGGAGCACCAGGAUUAAAUAUGAGUGGGAGUGGGGACGGUACUUAUUAUGAUCCAGGCGUAGGGAUAGGUUCAUGUGGAAUGCAAAAUUAUGACAGUGAACUAGUUGCCGCUAUGAAUGCACCACAGUACGGUAUAUAUUCUGAUCCUGCUGAUUCGCCAGUGUGCGGGAAAUGUAUACAAAUCACUGGACCUAAGGGAACUGUUAAAGUAAAAAUUGUAGAUAAGUGCCCUGUAUGUAAAAGUGGAGAUAUUGAUAUGUCAUCAACUGCCUUUAAAGUAAGUUAUGAUACACUUAUUGAUUUUUAA